AUGCUGUAUCCACUCCUUCUCCCAACCCUGAUAGGGCUCCUAGCGCCAUUUACCAACUCCCUGGCAUGCCCUGCACCCUCCCCCACGACUAUCACUACCGUUACGACCAUGGAAUCUUUGGCAGCCCCGUCUUCGACUUCGACUGGAACCACUGACAGACUGGUGUUUUGCCACUUCAUGAUUGGUAUCACCAGCAACCGCCAGAGCUCAGCAGAUUACGACGAUGAUAUGAAACGCGCCAAAGACAUGGGCAUUGACGCCUUUGCCUUAAACAUUGGAACUGAUCCCUACACUGACACCCAGCUCGGCUUUGCCUACGAUUCCGCCGCUCGGAAUGGAAUGAACGUAUUCCUGUCCUUCGACUUUAACUGGUGGCAUAUCGACCAGGCCAGCGCCGUCGGCGCCAAGAUCAGCCAGUAUGCCGACCACUCUGCUCAGCUCAAGGUCGAUGGCAAGACUUUUGUUUCUUCCUUUUCGGGUGACGGCAUUGAUGUUCCUGCUAUGACUUCUGCGGCGGGACAAGAUCUCUUCUUCGCGCCUAAUUUCCAUCCUGGCCAGGGGGACUUCGACGCUAUUCAGGGGGCGUUGAAUUGGAUGGCUUGGCCUAAUAAUGGCGAUAAUAAGGCUCCCUCGGGGGGCAAAGAUGUCACCGUGGCCGAUGGCGACAAAGCCUAUAUCGCUGCCUUGAACGGCAAGCCCUACAUUGCCCCUGCCUCGGCGUGGUUCUCGACUCAUUAUGGACAAGAGGUCUCGUACAGCAAGAACUGGGUAUUCCCCUCCGACCUUCUUUGGUACAACCGCUGGCGAGAGAUUCUGGAACUCGGUCCUCGUUUUGUAGAGAUCAUCACUUGGAAUGACUACGGAGAAUCGCAUUACACUGGACCUCUCUCGUCGCCUCAUACGGACGACGGCGCAUCCAAGUGGGUGAUGGACAUGCCUCACGACGGUUGGCUCGAGAUGUCAAAGCCGUUCAUCGCAGCCUACAAAGCCGGUGUCACCACCGCCCUGGACUACAUCACCGAGGAAAAGCUAGUCUACUGGUACCGACCCACGCCAAAACACGUAAAUUGUGAUGCCACGGACAACACGAUGCAAGGCAACCCCAACAACUCCAGCGGUAACUUCUUCCGUGGCCGACCCAACGGAUGGGAAAGCAUGAAGGACGAAGUCUUCGUCGUCGCACUCCUCAAAUCCCCCGCCCAAGUACUCGUGCAGUCGGGUGACCAGAGUCAAUCCAUCCAGGCGCCUGUGGGAAUCAGCGCACACUCGGUACCUAUGGGCGUAGGCCAGCAGAAGUUUGCUGUCACUCGCGACGGGCAGACGGUGCUGUCGGGGACCAGCCUGAAGGACAUCGUGGACACCUGCAUUUGCGGGAUCUACAACUUCAACGCGUACGUGGGGACACUGCCAGCACCAUCCACCAUUGACCGACUUCAGCCGGCCGGGCUGGCGAUGCUGUCACAGGGGCUGAAGGUUGCGUGCCCGACGAAUACUUUGGGGGCGAGUGCGGUCAGCGGCGGGGUUGCAGUCGAGACUGGAGCUGCGUGA